AUGAUAUCCGGAAGAGGCGGAUCUGGCGCACGAGCUGGGCGGAUUCGGCCCCCUCGUCGCAUCGUGCGUCCGAACGAACGCGACGAAGGAGGCGACUUUGAGGCUUGCUGGAACAUGCUCAAGGAGGCCCUCCGCGACAUCCACCAGAAGAACUGCAGCCGACUGUCCUUCGAAGAACUCUAUCGCGCAGCCUACAAAAUUGUUCUUAAGAAGAAAGGUGAGGCCUUGUAUGAUCGGGUCAAGGCUUUCGAAGAGCAGUGGUUUGCCGAUCAUGUUAUCCCCAAGAUCCGAGACCUCGUUACCACGAGCCUGAUCAACAUCGGCGUCGAGCGAACAUCGGUGACGUCGGUCAACGAGAGACGUCAAACGGGAGAAAAGUUCCUCAAGGGACUACGAGACACGUGGGAGGAUCACAACAUGUCGAUGAACAUGACGGCCGAUAUUCUCAUGUACCUCGAUCGGGGCUAUUCACAUCUCGAGGCUCAGCGAGUACCCAUCUUCGCCACCACCAUCGCCCUCUUCCGAGAUCACAUCCUACGUUCUUGCCUGAACUCCAACACCAAGGAUACCGUCAUUGAUAUCCUGAUAUCCGUCAUCCUUGACCAGAUCGAUAUGGAGCGUGAGGGAGAUAUUAUCGACAGAAACCUCGUUCGAAGCUGCAGUCGUAUGCUUAGUUGUCUCUACGAGACUGAGGAGGAGAGCGAGAACGACAAGUUAUACCUCACCGUAUUCGAGCCUCGAUUCCUCGCCAACAGCAAAGCGUAUUAUGCCGCGGAAGGCAAGAAGCUUUUACGUGAGUCAGAUGCCGGCACCUGGCUUCGACACACGCAGCAGCGACUAAACGAGGAAAUUGACCGGUGCGGAACUACGAUUGAGUUGGAGACGUUACCAAAGGUUACGGAGACCAUCGACCAGGAGCUCAUUGUCGCCCACAUGUCCGAGUUCCUUGCGCUGGAAGGGAGCGGGUUGAGGUGGAUGAUCGACAACGACAAGAUUGACGAACUCUCUAUCCUUUACCGUCUUAUCUCGCGAGUCGACCCCAAGAAAACGGCACUUAAAGAAAUCUUGCAGCACCGUGUGGUUGAGCUUGGUUUGGAGAUUGAGAAAAACCUCAAGAGCACCGAUUUCUCGACUGGCCAUGGUGAAGGCGAGGAUGGUGGCGAAGGAGACAAGGCAAAGACUUUGAACCCUGCUGCGCAGCAGACAGCUGCUGCUGUCAAGUGGGUGGAUGAUGUGUUGCGUCUGAAGGACAAGUUUGAUGCUCUCUGGACGCAGUGCUUCCAGAACGACUUGAUCAUCCAGAGCGCCCUGACCAAGAGCUUCUCCGACUUUAUCAACAUGUUUGCUCGGUGCUCUGAAUACGUCUCGUUGUUUAUCGAUGAUAACCUGAAGAGAGGCAUCAAGGGCAAGACGGAGGCUGAGGUCGAUGUCGUCCUUGAAAAGGCAAUUGUUCUGAUUCGGUACCUGCAGGAUAGGGACCUGUUCCAGACGUAUUACCAGAGACACCUAGCACGACGACUUCUCCACGGAAAGUCGGAGAGCCAUGACGUGGAAAAACAAAUCAUUUCUCGGAUGAAGCAAGAAAUGGGCCAGCAGUUCACUAGCAAGUUUGAGGGCAUGUUCAGAGACCUGGCCACUUCCUCUGAUCUUAGCAGCGGCUACCGAGACCACAUCCGCAACGUUGGUGACGGUGCCAAGGUCAUAGAUCUCAACAUCAACGUGCUCACGACAAACUAUUGGCCUCCUGAAGUUAUGGGUCGAACUGCACAGAUUGGCGAGGGUUCUCGGGUGACGUGCGAAUACCCACCGGAGGUGCAACGACUACAAGCGAGCUUCGAGCAGUUCUAUCUUACCAACCGCAACGGACGCAAGCUCACCUGGAUUGGCACAACUGGAAGUGCCGAUGUCAAGUGUACAUUCCCGGCUAUCCCUGGCAAAUCUGGUCCGUUGUCUCGGGAGCGAAGAUAUGAGAUCAAUGUGCCAACCUUUGGCAUGGUUGUUCUGUUACUCUUCAACGACCUGGCCGAGGGCGAGUCUCUCAGCUUUGAGGAGAUUCAAGCCAAGACCAACAUCUCGACCCCGGAUCUUAUGCGAACUCUAACGGCCAUUGCUGUGGCACCCAAAUCACGCGUCCUGGCCAAGGAGCCCCUGUCCAAGUCGGUGAAGCCCACUGACAAAUUCUCCUUCAACGCCUCCUUCCAGAGCAAGACGAUCAGAAUCAAGGCGCCCAUAAUCAACGCAGUAUCCAAGGUUGAGGACACGAGUGAGAGAAAGAAGACUGAGGAAAAGAACAACCAGACGAGAGCUCACAUCGUUGACGCGGCGGUUGUGAGAAUCAUGAAGUCCCGCAAGGAACUCAGCCACUCGCAGCUCGUCAGCGAAGUUCUCACUCAGCUCUCUGGCCGGUUCCGACCCGAAGUGUCCCUCAUCAAGAAGCGUAUCGAGGAUCUCAUCGCGAGAGAGUACCUGGAGCGACCCGACGAGGACGGCAUGCCAUCACUGUACCGCUACGUGGCCUAA